AUGCUCACCACCAUUCGCGCAACUGCGCGCCGCUCCAUCACGACCUAUGCGUCCCAGUUCGGCGCCGUCGACGUGCCCAACGCGUCGUUCACGCAGUUCGUCGCCGACAAGGUCGCGGCCCACGAUCCGGCCAAGGCCAUGCUCACCUGCGGCCUCAGCGGCAAGACGCUGACCUUCGGCGAGUUCGCGCCGCGCGUCGCGGCGGCGGCGGCGAAGCUCGAGGUCGCGCCGCGCGACGGGCCCUUCGGGGCCGGGAGCAAGCUGCUCAUCCACGCGCCGAACUGCGUCGAGUUCCCCGUCGCGUUCCACGCGGCGCUCGCGCUCGGCGGCGUCGUGUCGACGUCGAACCCGCUCUACACGGCGCGCGAGCUCGCGCACCAGGUCAAGGACGCCGACGCGAGCCACGUGCUCACCGUCGGGCCCUUCGAGUCCGUCGUGACGGAGGCCGUCGCGCUCGCGGGCGGCAAGGCGACCGUCGGCGUGCUCGGCGACGGCGACUUCGUCGACUUCGCCGGCUUCGACGCGGCCGCGGCGCCGGCGCCGGACUUCUCCCUCGACGGCGCGGCGCGCACCGCCGUCGGCGGCGCCGCGGUGCCGUCGUCCGAGCCCUUCGACGCCGCGAAGACGCUCGCGGCGCUCCCCUACUCGUCGGGCACGACGGGCCUCGCCAAGGGCGUCAUGCUCACGCACGGCAACAUCGUCGCGAACCUCAUCCAGACCGUGGCCAUGGUCGAGCGCGCGCGGCCCGACCUCUGCACGAAGGACGACACGCUCCUCGGGUUAUUACCGAUGUUCCACAUCUACGGCAUGAUCACGAUCCUCCACUUCUCCAUGAUCUACGGCACGACGCUCGUCACGCUGCCGAACUUCGAGCCCGAGUCCUUCCUCAAGACCAUCGCCCAGCACCAAGUGUCCGUCGCGCACCUCGUGCCGCCCCUCAUCCUCUUCCUCGCGAAGCACCCGGCCGUGAAACCGGAGAUGAUCGACUCGCUGCGCUGCAUCAUGUCCGGCGCGGCGCCCCUCGACGAGCACACGCAGAAGGAGGCCGCGGAGCGCAUCGGCGCGUCCGUGCUCCAGGGCUACGGCAUGACGGAGACGAGCCCCGUGCUCACGAUGGACGACGGCGACCACUUCGGCUCCGCGGGCAAGCUCAUCCCGUCGACGGAGGCUGCUUUGAUGGUGCCCGACGGCGAGUCCUACCGCGACGCCGCACUCGGCGAGGAGGGCGAGCUCUGGUGCCGCGGGCCCCAGGUCAUGCCGGGCUACCUCAACCGGCCCGACGCGAACGCCGAGACGCUCACGGACGACGGCUUCGUGAAGACGGGCGACGUCGCGAAGAUCGACGCCGACGGGAACCUCUUCAUCGUCGACCGCGUCAAGGAGCUCAUCAAGGUCAAGGGCCUCCAGGUCGCGCCCGCGGAGCUCGAGGGCUUGCUGCUCCUCCACCCGGCAGUCGCGGACGCGGCGGUCGUCGGCGAGCCCGACGACCGCGCGGGCGAGAAGCCCCACGCCUUCGUCGUCCUCAAGCUCGACGCGGACGCGUCCGCCAUCGACCUGACGAACUUCGUCGCGGAGAAGGUCGCCGUCUACAAGCAGAUCCAGGCCGUCACCUUCGUCGACGAGAUCCCCAAGUCCGCGAGCGGCAAGAUCCUCCGACGAGUCCUCAAGGAGCGCUUCGAGUGA